UUCAGUUACAAACAAACGAUCGAACGGUUCAGUCGAAUUUUUGAUAUUUUCUUAAUUUUGGAAAAAGAUAGAAAAAGAAAAAAUUAAAAUCUGGUAAAAGGAAAAAAUUAAAAUCUGGUAAAAAAAAAAAAAUUAAAAUCUGGUAAAAAAAAAAAUAAUUCCGAAACAUGGCGGACGAUGACGAUGCGCAGUUCGAUACCGUGGACUCGGGAGCCUCGAAGACUUUUCCGAUGCAGUGUUCGGCCUUACGUAAGAAUGGUUUUGUCAUGCUGAAGGGACGUCCCUGCAAGAUUGUGGACAUGUCCACCUCCAAGACAGGCAAGCAUGGGCAUGCCAAGGUGCAUUUGGUGGGGGUGGAUAUUUUUACCCAGAAGAAGUACGAGGACAUCUGUCCCUCGACCCACAACAUGGAUGUGCCGCACGUGAAGCGCGAGGAUUACCAGCUGACCGAUAUCAGUGAUGAUGGAUUCGUCACUCUAAUGGGAGACAAUGGCGACAUACGCGAAGAUCUCAAGGUUCCGGACGGGGAACUGGGUGGAGCUUUGCGCUCUGAUUUUGACGAUGGCAAGGAUCUCCUCCUCACUGUACUGGCGGCCUGCGGGGAGGAGUGCGUCAUCGCAAUGAAGAACAACUCUGGACUGGACAAGGGAGGGGUUUGAAGCAGCAGGACCCGGAGAUAAUGAUGAUGAUGAUGAUAAUGAUGAUGACGAUGGUGGAUACAAUUUUAAUAAAACUCUGGUUGCGACA